AUGCCUUCGGUGUAUAUUUCUUCUAUCUGCUUCUACAAUAAGAAUGAUGCUUACUCAAAAUUCAGCAGUGAAACUGCCAAAUCUAGUGUGCUGAAGAAAUCAUUGUCCGAUGUCUUAAAGUGCUACUACCCUUUAACUGGCUGCGUUAAAGACAAUCUUAUUGUAGACUGCAACGAUGAAGGCAUCUUGUAUCUCGAAGCCCAAGUCAAGUGCCAGCUUUCAGAUAUUGUUGCUGAUCCAAAUCUUGCAAAGUUGAAGAAAUUUCUUCCAUGUGAUAUUGAUGGCGCACACCAUUUAGCGUUUGCUGCUCAAGUCAACUACUUCACUUGUGGUGGUAUUGCCAUUGGUGCAUGCAUUUCCCGCAAGAUUGCUGAUGGCUCAUCCUUUAGCACAUUUGUGAAAAAUUGGGUAGCCACAUCUAGAGUUGCCACUGAUCGACUGAAGUCUAAGAUUGAAAGGCUCCACAUAAUUCUUCAUGCAGUGAAUUUGAGGACGAGAAUGGAUCCCCCAUUAUCUGACUAUUCUUUUGGAAAUUUAUUCCAAGUCACAAUAGCCAUCGUGUCUAAAGAAACCAGCCGGGAAGAUUGUUAUGGCAUUGUGGUCAAGUUGAGAGAUGCAAAAGGAAAAAUUGACAAGGAUUACGUGAAAAAACUACAAGGUAGUGAACACCUGGAUAUCCUCAAAGAGCUGAGUGGAAAAAUCAUGACACAAGAUAAUGUUGUAUUAAAUUUCACUGCAUUGUGCGGGUUUCCUUUAUAUGACGUUGACUUUGGGUGGGGAGAGCCUUUUUUGGUUGGUUGGGUUAGUUUACCUUUCAAGAAUCUAAUGACAUUUUCAGACGCCAAACUUGGGGAUGGAAUAGAGGCAUGGAUAAACUUGAACGAGGAAGAUAUGGCCAAAUUUGAAUGUGACAAGGAGCUCCUUGCAUAUGCUACUACGUCUUUCAGGCUUUAA